UUAGGGAGAAAACCUUCUAUUCCAUAUGUACCAAAUAGAAAAAAUCAAAACCCGUUUUGACAUGGUUGUCCGGUUCGGAUUUAAAAUCUGCUUUUCUUGUUAUUUCCUCAACUAAAGCAAAAACAGAGUUUGGAUUUUCAUUUUCUUGCCGCUGGGUUUUGUCAUCUGAAGACUGAAGCUAUGGAGGUUAAAAACGGAAAUUUGGAGGCGGCGAUCGACCAGUUGCUUAAUGUUGAGAAGCAGAUGCGCUUCGCCGGCGAUGUCGCUGGAACCAAGAAAGCGGUUACUGACAUUUUGCAGCUUUGCUUUGAAGCUAAAGAUUGGAAGUCUCUCAACGAACAAAUCGUUAAUUUGUCCAAGAAACGAGGUCAACUUAAGCAGGCAGUAACUGCAAUGGUUCAACAAGCAAUGCAGUACAUUGAUGAAACACCAGAUCUCGAAACUCGUAUAGAGCUAAUCAAGACGCUGAACAGUGUGUCUGCUGGAAAAAUUUAUGUUGAAAUUGAGAGAGCAAGAUUGAUCAAGAAACUUGCAAAGAUUAAAGAAGAACAGGGCCUUAUUGCUGAAGCUGCAGAUUUAAUGCAAGAAGUUGCUGUGGAAACUUUUGGUGCCAUGGCCAAAACUGAGAAAAUCGCCUUCAUCCUUGAACAAGUUCGCCUCUGCUUAGAUCGUCAAGAUUAUGUUCGUGCUCAAAUUCUUUCAAGGAAGAUUAGCCCUAGAGUUUUUGAUAUUGACAGCUCAAAGGAAAAGAAGAAACCGAAAGAAGGUGACAAUGUUGUAGAGGAGCCUCCAGCUGAUAUACCUUCACUAUUGGAAUUGAAGCGUAUCUACUAUGAACUGAUGAUACGGUAUUACUUCCAUAACAAUGACUAUCUUGAAAUUUGUCGUUGCUAUAAGGCAAUAUACGAGAUUCCUUCCAUCAGGGAAAACCCGUCUCAAUGGAUACCGGUCUUGAGAAAAAUCUGUUGGUACUUAAUCCUGGCUCCACAUGAUCCAAUGCAGUCGAGCCUUCUUAAUUCCAUGUUGGAGGAUAAGAAUCUUUCUGAGAUUCCAAAAUUUAGGUUGCUGUUGAAACAGUUGGUUACAAUGGAGGUCAUCCAGUGGACAUCCCUUUGGAAUUCUUAUAAGGAUGAAUUUGAGAAUGAGAAGAACAUGCUUGGAGGUUCUUUGGGUGACAAAGCUGCAGAAGAUUUGAAACAGCGAAUUAUUGAGCAUAAUAUCCUUGUUGUUUCAAGGUACUACUCAAGGAUUACAUUGAAGAGACUGGCAGAGUUGUUGUGUCUCACUGUCGAGGAAGCUGAGAAGCAUCUGUCUGAAAUGGUUGUGUCAAAGGCACUGGUAGCGAAGAUUGACUGGCCAAUGGGAAUAGUGUGCUUCCAGGUAGCAAAGGAUAGCAAUGAAAUUCUCAACUCAUGGGCUGUGAACUUGGAAAAACUUCUUGAUCUUGUUGAGAAGAGUUGCCACCAAAUACACAAAGAAACCAUGGUUCACAAAGCUGCUCUGAAAGUGUGAAAAUGAUGAUAUUCAGUGAUUGCAGGUGGUUGAAUGUGUUUGUAACUGAAACUAUAGAAAACCUAGGAGGAGGAAAACAAUGAAGUUGGGUUGGGUUAUUUGUAUUGCUCAAUCAUUUUUGGAGUCGUGCAUUUGCUUGUAUUUUCCCAGUGGAGUUCAAUUCAAAUUCUGGGUGGGAAACAUUUAGCUGAAGAAUACAAGAUAAUUAUUACAUA